AUGGCCGAUCAAGCUCGCCGGCGAAGAAAUCGCCCAGACAGCAAGCAGAUGUGGGAUGAGUCCGAACGCCGAAGCCGCCACGAACCAGACGCACGCGACAAAAGGGACGAUCGCGGUCGGGAUCGAGAGGACAGCCACCGCGGCAAAGAUCGUCGCUACCGGUCUAGAUCGCGAUCGCCUCGGCAAGACCGCCGCGAAAAGCACCGUGACCGUCGCGAGCCUGAGAGAGACCGAGCUCGAGAUAAUGAUAGAGCAUGGGCUAAAGGGAAUGAUCACCACGAUAGGAGGGGAGGGGGUAGGGAUAGGCGACGCGGUAGGGAUGAGGGCGCAACUAGAGGACCAGGUCGGGACCGAAGCCCACGGCGCUCUGCAUCGCCCGCUCGAAGUCCAGCAGGCAAACUAGACCGCAACACACACUCACACAGCAACUCUCCGCUCCCAACGCGACCACGCCCCAAUAACAGCAAACCCGAGGCCAGCGCAUCAUCGCUCCAGUUCAAAGUCGGUUCCAAACACCAACCACACGAAGAGGAAGCCCCCAACCGCGGCAGCGGCAGCGGUAGUAAGAGGGCAACAGGGAGCAAACGCGACGUGCAGGAAGAGCAGGAGGACAAUAGAAGGCGAACAACCGAGACGCCGGAUAGGGGAGAUGCCAUGGACGAGGACAAGGAGGAGGAGGACGAUGAUGAUGUGGUAGUGGAAGAGGACGACGGCCUAAGCGCGAUGCAGGCUAUGAUGGGCUUUGGCGGCUUCGGCACGACGAAGGGCACGCAUGUCCUGGGAAACAAUGCAGGUGCUGUGCGCAAGGAGAAGAAGACGGAGUACCGCCAGUAUAUGAAUCGUGUCGGCGGUUUCAAUCGUCCUUUAAGUCCGACGCGGCAAUAG